AUGAAGAGAGCUAAUGGUAACCCUCCUGCCCCUCCCACCUCCCUCCCCCCGCGCCGGGGGCCUCUCAGCACGAAUUUAGGUGUGGUUUUUUUGUUGUUUGUUUUGAAAAGCAGAGCCACUUUCACUUUCAAGGGGCCCCCAAAGUGUUUUCCUGUCCGGGUUCGGGCCCCAGGCGCCUUCUCCAUCAGGCCCGGGAUCCUGCCGGCCCACUUCCUCCCUCUCCCGGGAACCCGUCGCCACCCCGGGCGGGGAGGGUGGACCAGGGGCGCGCCGGCCUCUCCGGCGCCCGCCCAGCCGCUGGCGCCCGAAGGGGUUUCAGGAGCCGGGCUGGGGCCCGCAAAGGGGGAGAAUCACAAACGGCUCAGUGCCCGGCGGCGAGGGCACAAAGAAGGGAUCACACGGCCCCGUUGGUGCAAGGCGGGCUGGCGGGCGAUUGAUAAGGCGGGGCUGUCACCCCCGGCUCUUUCCUCUCGUUUUUGCCGCGAUCGCCAUGGUGCGAGCUGGGGAAGCCGUGGGGCAGCCGGGACCCCGGGCGCCCUCCCUCCGCCCGCAGCGGAGGCGGAGCGGAGCGCGGCGCUCACUUUGAACUCGCCAGGCGCCCUCUGGUUACACAGCAUCAGGGCUGAGCUGCUGGAGGUUUAA